AUGGACGACCUACAAGCGACUGCCAAGUGGGCAAACCGCAUCUUACGCCCUUUGACCUCGAUUUAUCGUCGACUCGAGAAACACCAGGAGACGCUAGCAAUCAUUGCGGCCGAAUCGAAACUUGAGGAAACUUUGGAUAAUAACAACGAAACACAUGUGCCAGAUGGACUUGGAACUGUGCUCGACCAGAGUAGUAUUCCCGAAUCGGACGCGGACGAGGACGACCCAGUCUGGAUACCGGGGAAGCAGCCCGACCAACGACGUGUCAGACAUAAGUUCUCGAACCGAGGUGCAAAGACUGGAAGGAGAAGAACGCGUAUUUCAGUGCACAGUCCGGAAGCGAGUCGCACCCUGCCUGGCGCAAUUGAGCUGGCGACGCCUCUAAUUACUGGGAAGAGAUGGAAGGUACCUUUGAGUGCACACUCGCAGGGCUCUGCAGAGCAGCCAAAGACCAGGAAAUCCCAGGGUCAAAUGGAAGCUUUCCGUGAUAGAUACAAACUCCAGAAAAGUCCAUGGCAGGAGCUUCUCGACCAGUCAGGCGAUACAGGAUUCGCCGACAUCGCAAACAAUCUGGACCGUGUUCUCCAGAACUUCCUCUGUAAUACCCGACUUCACAAAGGACCGCCGAAUGAGGUAAAGAAAAAGCCUGAACGUGGUGCGCGCUCGUUGAUGUCCAUGGUUGCACGACGUCUGCCGGAAUUCCUUGCAAAGGAGCAGGAAUUGCAGAACGAGAUGGCAGAAGAUAGGGACGAUGACAUGUCUGGCGCCUAUUUCACCGAAUUGGAAUCGUUUUAUGCCCCUCAUGGCAGAGGGUGGAGGCCACUACGCGAAGCUGUUCGGGCCCAGGGCAUCUAUCUGGUUUCCAGAAUGAUUUCCAACAAAUGGGUUACCGAUGCGAUUUCCUGCGCUCUAAUAGAAAAGUGCCGAUAUCAUGAACCAGAUGCAUGCGAGGCCCUUCUGACGACUUUUCUCUCCACGUGCACUACUUACCCUUUCCCUCUCGCCCUCAAAGCUCCCAUCGACUGCAGCGGGCCUGGAGAUCCUAUGCGUUUAUUGCGCAAAUACGCAUCCUAUGGCCCUGCACAUCGCUCAUACAUCUUUGAUGAGCUAACCAAACUUCUCAAGCAAGGCAUCGUGCCUCCGCAAUGGAUGUCAACUAAAUUGUGGACAAGCUGGAUGACCCGAGCCACGAUUUCUUUUUCUAAAGAAGAUAAUGACUGUUCUUCUGCAUCACGAUUGAUUGAGGCGGUUUUGGUAGCCUCGAGUGAUGUACAACCGGCAGCUUGCUCCACGCAGGCUACAAUAUCCCUCUCUGAUAAAGGCCGAGUAACAACCACACGGGCUUCAUCCAUAGGGCAGGCAGGCAGGCCAAACAUGGUAAGCUCAUGCCCGGUGUCUGUGGAAGAUGCGUUCAGCAACCAUAUCACAAGCCUGUUAUCAGCACUAUGCGGCAUACACAUAUCACGGUCUCGUGCACUCGACGAUUGGGCAGAAGCGGACGGAACCAAAGCAGGACAUAUUGUCAACCGUACUUGCUAUAUGGUUCAGAGGGACAUGGAACAGAAUCCACUUCACAAGGCGACUGCGGUCACAUCACAUCAAUUAUUCAGACGGGGUUGCAUCAUAAUGGCAGAUUGCCUUUUAUACUGUAACGACGCGAUCCUCGAAAACGACGACGAGUUUAUGAUUCCACCAGCGUCUAGCAUUGAGGGCCUUUGUGAAUACUUGUCUAGCAGACCUGAUUCUGCCAAAGAACUAGCAUUCCUCGUCCAACAGACCUUUCGCUGUUUUGGCGGUGCCUUUGAAAGUGACGACCCCAACAUGGGUAGGGAUGUCCGCCGCAUGGUCUCUCGAAUGCCUCACUUGGGAAAGCUGCCUUGCCUUUCAGCACUUCUCGGCCAAGUUGCUGUGGAAACCGCCAUGCGAUUUGCGGAAGCAACUGGUGAUCCAAAUGACCACCUGUGGGCAAUCGAGAUCCAGGAAACGGUCAUUGCGCUCCACAACGGGAAAAAACCAAGUCCUGAUACUACGGAACAACUAGAAGUACAAGUUCAAAGUAGAGGGUAUCGAUGGGAGGAAAGCAUUGGCGAGUGGGUAGCCCGAACCCCCGCAGCCAAACCAAACGCAGUGCCUAGAGUGAUCAGAGGACGCAACUCGAUGACUGCGAAGCCACUUCCAUACAUUCCCUGCUCAACCGACAGCAGCUUUUCCGACUCAGAAACAUCUGUGAGGACCGUUUCGAGCCUGACUUCUUCCCCUACAUCCGCGGAGUUCACCUCUAUUGGGGUAAAACGGAAUAAUGCGGUGACAGAGUCGUCGCCAACUCGCCCGGCUAAACGUCGGCGACCAGACCCGGUGAUCGUGGAUAAUCCCGAAGUCAGAAGAAAUGCUCCUCGUAUUGUGACUCCAUCCUCGGUUUCGCAGCGAGAGCCCUCACGUCGUCAUAUCUUGCGUGACAAGUCCAAUCACCACCAGCGCAAUCGGCUAGCCCCAACGAGGACGAGCUCCAGAAACAAGGUCGAAGUCGUGAUCAUCAAUCAAAGAGAAAGCGCUCCAAGCGACGAGCCUUCACGGCCUGUCCCAGAAUCUGUCCAGAUGCAGGUCCACCGAACAAUGGAGCGACGAAGGCCCGGGCGACGAGUUCCUGAUGUAUUCAGACCAACAGUACGCGAAGUUCCUGGCUUGCGAACGGUCAUUCCCUGCACGGACGAAAGCGAUGACGAGCUUAGUUUUCUCUGA